AUGGGGAGCGGGGAGAAGACUGCAGCUCCCCAGGCUGGGAGACAAUCAGUGUUUAGCCCCUCCCCCACCAGUCCUGAUCGCCAGGAGCCCAGGCCGGACUCCAUUUCCCAGAAUGCCUCUGUCCUGUCAGAGGGGAAGUCAGCUCUCUGGUACGGAGGACUCCAUUUCCCAGAAUGUCUUCGUCCUGUCAGAGGGGAAGUCAGCUCUCUGGAGGGGAGGGAGUCCACGCGCAGGCGCGGCCCCGGCUCCCUGGUCCGGUGGAGACUUUCUGCUCUGAUUCCUGGAGGGCGGGAAGAGCCGUUGGAUCAGUUCCGGGUGGACCAGUUCUGGGGCCACAAAGAGGAAGUCUUUCCCCCUCGGGUCUGCCACCCCCCUGAAGCACCGCAGGGUGGCCCGAGCCCGCAGACAGAGCGAAUGGCCCCCUGGUCCCCGAGGCCCCCCUCACAGGGGUUUAUAACCUUCAAGGAUGUGACUGUGGACUUCACGCAGGAGGAGUGGUGCCUGUUGGACCAUUCUCAGAAAGACCUGUACAGGGAGGUCAUGCUGGAGAAUGUGCAGAAUCUACUCUCUGUGGGGCUUCCAGUUUCUAGAGAAGAUUUUAUCUCCAGUUUUCAGAGAAGGGAAGGAACUUGGCUGCUAGAACAAAAAGGCUCAAAGAACUCUUGUCCAGGGGCACAGACGAAUUUUGAAGUUAAGGAGGUGUCUACAAAGUUGAUCCUUUUUGUGGAAGGAUAUGGCCUCCAAAGAUGCACAAAUGAGUGUCUCUCUGACUUCAUUUUGAGAGAAGUCUGUUACUCUAAUAACAAGGGAAAUGAAAAUUCAAAGAGUGACUAUGAAAUUGAUGGAACAGCAGAGAAAUUCAGCCAAUCAGUUCUAAGUCAGUAUACAAAAUUGACCUCAGAAAAUGACUGUUCUCAGAAUGGUGAAUACAGCAAAUGCUUUCCUACAGAACAAGACCUUAUUCAUUUGGCUGAGAAACCUCUUGAAAUGCCCUUGUAUCAAGGUCACCUAGAGGGAAUGUCCUUUGGCUCCAGUUUAGACCUCAGUCGAUAUCAAAAAACUAAACAUGUAGAGAUGGUUUCUAUGAGUAAUAAAGAUGGGAGGUCAUUCAGUCAGAACUCUGAGCUUGAUUCAUAUCAAAUAAUCCAGUGUGUAGAGAAAUCUUAUGAAUGUAAACAAUGUGGAAAGUUUUUUACACGUAGGGACAGCCUUGCCAGUCAUCAAAAAAUCCACACUGGAGAGAAACCUUAUAAAUGUAAACUGUGUGAAAAGGCUUUCACACAGAAGAGCAAUCUUGCUGUACAUGAAAGAAUCCACUCUGAAGAGAAACCUUAUGAAUGUAAACACUGUGGAAAGGCUUUCAAACAAAGGAGUGUUCUUGUUUCCCAUCAGAGAAUCCACACUGGAGAGAAACCUUAUGAAUGUAAACAGUGUGGAAAGACUUUUGCACGGAGGUCCAGUCUUACUGCACAUCAGAGAAUCCACACUGGAGAGAAACCUUAUGAGUGUAAACAGUGUGGAAAGGCUUUUACACAGAGGGGCCAUCUUGCCAUACAUCAGAGAAUCCAUACUGGAGAGAAGGCUUAUGAAUGUAAAUACUGUGAAAAGGCUUUUACACUGAGGGACUAUCUUGUUGAACAUGAGAGAACCCACACAGGAGAGAAACCUUUUGAAUGUAAACAAUGUGGAAAGACUUUUGCAGAUAGGGCCUCUCUUGGUGCACAUCAGAGAAUCCACACUGGAGAGAAACUUUAUGAAUGCAAACAAUGUGGAAUGGCUUUUAUAUGGAAGAUGAAUCUUGUUCUACAUCAGACAAUUCACACUGGAGAGAAAUCUUACGAAUGUAAACAAUGUGGAAAGUCUUUUACACGUAGGCACAGCCUUGCCAGUCAUCAAAAAAUCCACACUGGAGAGAAACUUUAUAAAUGUAAACUGUGUGAAAAGGCUUUCAUACAGAAGAGCAAACUUGCUGUACAUGAAAGAAUCCACUCUGAAGAGAAACCUUAUGAAUGUAAACACUGUGGAAAGGCUUUCAAACAAAGGAGUGGUCUUGUUUCCCAUCAGAGAAUCCACACUGGAGAGAAACCUUAUGAAUGUAAACAAUGUGGAAACACUUUUACACAGAGGUCCAGUCUUACUGCACAUCAGAGAAUUCACACUGGAGAGAAACCUUAUGAAUGUAAACAGUGUGGAAAGGCUUUUACACAUAGGGGCUAUUUUGCCAAACAUCAGAGAAUCCACACUGGAGAGAAGGCUUAUGAAUGUAAACACUGUGAAAAGGCUUUUGCACUGAGAGACUAUCUUGUUAAACAUGAGAGAACCCACACAGGAGAAAAACCCUUUGAAUGUAAACAAUGUGGAAAGACUUUUGCAGAUAGGGCCUCUCUUGGUGCACAUCAGAGAAUCCACACUGGAGAGAAACUUCAUGAAUGCAAAGAAUGUGGAAAGGCUUUUAUAUGGAAGGUGGAUCUUGUUCUACAUCAGAGAAUUCACACUGGAGAGAAACCUUAUGAAUGUAAACAGUGUGGAAAGGCUUUUAGACGGAGGGACAAGCUUGCUGCACAUCAGAGAAUCCACACUGGAGAGAAACCUUUUGAAUGUAAACAAUGUGGAAAGGCUUUUACAGUGAGAGGUAAUCUUGUUUCCCAUCAGAGAAUCCACACUGGAGAGAAGCCAUUUGAAUGUAAACAAUGUGGAAAGGCUUUUAGAGUGAGAGGUAAUCUUGUUUCCCAUCAGAGAAUCCACACUGGAGAGAAACCUUAUGAAUGUAAACAAUGCGGAAAGGCUUUCAUACAUAGGUGUUCUCUUUCUGCACAUCUUAGCAUCCACACUGCAUUGAAACUUCAUGAAUGUAAAUAGUGUGGAAUGGCUUUCACAGAGUAUUUAUCUUGUAAAAUAUCAGAGCAUUGUUAAAAGGAAGAGAGGGUUUUAGCAAGAGAGUGUGGUCUACAGGGGAAAGUUGCAGGAGGAAAAAGAUUAUAGAAUGUGAAAAUAGGUGUUAAACGGUUAACUUGGGUUUGGCUGUCUUUUCUCUGGAUUUACUUGGGGAGACUGGCUGUCUGUCCUGUGGUUGCUGAUCUACCCUGAUGCCUCAUCCUACCUGCUGCCUUCCUGUUGUCAGCUGUGUUUCCUUGUGAGUCUGGAACAUCUGGCUAUUUGACUGUAAGACAAGGUCUGGGUUCCUUUUAAAUCCAUGACCUUUCCUUGGACCCUGCCAAAGUGUCAUAGACCACUAUCUCUAAUAGCACCUAAAGGGGUGGGGGAUGUUAGUGCAGAUUUAGGUAAAUCAGGACUGGGUUUUCUUUAGGUCAGAGAGGUGAAGGUUAGUGCAGAUCAAACUGAAAACUUGUGAAGGGACAAUUUGGUCUGUGAAGUUUUUGUUAGUUGACAUUAAUAUUAAUGUCAUCCUUAUUCCUGUCCAUUCUUUCCUCUUAAAAUAAACACAACUUUCCUGUUACUAUAUGGUCUGUGUGUAUUGGUUUCAGACCAGGCUUUGCCUGGACUGGGUUUUUAUUGGUCUUCCCAAACGACACUUAACAUCCUGAUACUGGUCCAAUUCUAUGCAUCAGAUCCUAUCCCCAAUACCAUCCUAAUACAGUUUUGGGUAGCAAGGUAGGAGAAGAAGUGUUGGUGAAAAGCUGAGAUUUCAUCAGUCAAAUUGAGUCUGCAGGCAAAUAGUUCAGUAAGGAGUGCACAAUUCCUGUGGAAUGGGAGAUUCCUGUGGAAGAAGAGAAUCCAGAGACAACAGAGGAAAUUAUGCAGGACUGAAGUAUUUGUAGCUGAGAAGCAGAGAGAAACCUUAAAGAUGAAUUUUCAGUGUAAAGGAUCAAGUGAUUGAUCCAAAACUGUUUGUACUGGUUUUUUUGGCUAACGUAACCUUGCAUAUUUUCAUAUAAGAAUGCAUUCAACAGUGCAUAUUGCUGCCAUGGGCUGAAGAAAAGAUUUCUUCAGACAAGAUGAGAAGAUGGACAGUCUGAUGUUUCGGUAGUUAUGUUGCAUACAACAGAAACAUAACAUAACAUAACAUAAAUACAUAGACAUAAAAAUCGUCAGGAUACAUUGAUUAGUGGAUCAAUGAAUUGUUACUUGUUAUAGGAUUUAGUUGUCUAUGAGUGUCCAUGUACGUAAAUGAUUACUUUUUAGAUUUUUAGGGAGAUUAGAAUAGUAGUAACAUAGUUAGAUAGGUUAGUUUUUUAGGAGAUUUCAUUAAGAUAGAAUGUCUGAAUUCAGAUGUUCUGUUUUGAUGAUAUUAGGAAGCAUUUAGGGAUGUAGUUAGAUUAGGGGUAAAGGUUGAUAAGGUAAGGUAGUAUAUUACUUUAAAACAUACAUUACAGGGGGCAGCUGGGUAGCUCAGUGGAUUAAGAGCCAGGCCUAGAGAUGGGAGGUCCUAGGUUCAAAUCUGGCCUCAGCCACUUCCCAGCUGUGUGACCCUGGGCAAGUCACUUGACCCCCAUUGCCUAGCCCUUACCCCUCUUCUGCCUUGGAGCCAAUACACAGUAUUGACUCCAAGACGGAAGGUAAGGGUUUAAAAAAAAAAAAAACAUACGUUACAACAUGAAUUACACUUUCCGUAUAUAUGUAAAUGGCUAUGUAAAAAGUGCAUAUCAUAGGGUUAAUAAAAUUGUAUUAAACUAAAUGUAAACAUGUAUAUAAGUUUAGGUAUAUUUGUUAAGUAUAAAUAUGACAUGCAUAUAUGCAUGUAGCACACCUGCAUAUGUCUGCAUGUAUUACAUGUAUAUAUGUAGAAAUUGUGUAUGUAGUUAAUAUUUGAUACUGAUUAAGUUUCCUACAAAGGAUAGUCAGAUGCACAGUUCUGUGUAAUAAUGUUUUAAGUUAGAAUAAGAUUGUUUUGAAUUUUCAUCUAUUUUUAAAUGUAUUUUGCAUAAGUAAGUUUUGAUGACUUUGUUUGACAUUUUUGUAAAGCUUAUACAAUGUUGUAUUUAUUGUACUUUUAUAUUUUGCUGUUUUCUGUUUUAUGUAUUAAAAUCGUUUUGAUAGGAUUCUUUUCUGUAUUAGUUCAUAAGAAUAUUUUUAUGACUUAUUUAGCAUGAAGUUUUGUGUUUGUAUUUCUAUUAUGAUAUUUUCUUGCUUGUUUUGCUUUUGCAUAUGGUUUCUUUGUAUUUUACACUUUGUAACAGAUCAUUGUACAUUUUUUCCCUUUUCCUUUCCUCUGAAUCCCUAGAGUAAGGUAGUAUUACAUAGGAUAGGAUAAGUGAGUGUAGACUGUUUAUUAUUUUGGAUAAGAAUUUUACUUUAGGUAUGAUACAAAUUUGUUGAUGCACAAAUGCAAAAACAUAGUUUUUUUUUUUAACACUAUUUGUCCUUUGUGCAAAGGGAGGAACUGUUUUAAAGAAGAGAGGGUUUUAGCAAGAGUGUUUGGUCUGUAGGGGAGAGUUGCAGAAGGAUAUUCUAGAAUGUGAAAGUAGGGGUUGGAUGGUUAUCUGGCAUUUGGCUGUCUUUUCUCUGGAUUUACUUGGGGAGAAUGGCUGCCUGUCCUGUGGUUGCUGAUCUACCUUGAUGCCUCAUCCUACCUGCUGCCUUGCUGUUGUCUGCUGUGUUUCCUUGUGAUUCUGGAACAUCUGGCUAUCUGACUGUAAGACCAGAUCUGGUUUCCUUUUAAAUCCAUGACCCUUUCCUUGGGCCCUGCCAACUGUCAUAGACCACUACCUCUAAUACCACCUAAGGGGGUGGGGGGUCAUGGGGGCGUUAGUGCAGAUUUAGGUAGAGCAAGGGACUGGGUUUUCUUUAGGUCAGAGAGGUGAGGAUUAGUGUCAAUCAGACUCUCUGAAGACUCCAUUGGAAAGGAUAAUUCGAUCUGUGAAAUUUUCAUUAUUUGACCUUAGUAUUAAUGUUAUCCUGAUUCCUGUCUAUCCUUUCUUUUUAGAAUAAACACACCUGUUCUGUUACUAUGUGGUCUGUGUGUAUUGGUCUCAGACCAGACUCUGCCUAGACAGGUUUUCUGUUGGCCUUCCCAAACUACAUUUAACAUCCUGAUACUUGCCCAAUUCUAUACUACCCUAAUACAACAUCCACAUUGGAGAGAAACUUUAUGGAUGGAUGUAAUCAGUUUGGAUAAGCUUUCACACAAAACUCCAAAGUUGCUUCAUUUCACAAAAUCUUCACUGGAGGGAAAUCUCUUGAGUGAGGCUGAAGUUAUAGUUACAACUUUUUGAUUGUUUAAUGUAAGAGGAUCCACACCAGAGAGAAACUUUGGGAGUAUUAUCAAUGUGGUAUGGACUUAAGGCAACAAUCUUUUAUUCCCAACCAAGAAUUCCGUUUGAAAAGAAAUCUUAUUACUGUUGUGUGUGAUAAAGGAUGAAUGGUUUGUUCCUCCCAAACCCCUGUUCCUUCCUCCCCUUCCCAACCAAUAAAUCAGUUAUUUAUA